AUGCAGAAUACUGAACAAUCAUCUUGUUAUUCCAAAAUGUCUCCUUCUUUGGAGGAAGAUCUUUCCAAAUCAUUAGAAAUUAAAAAACCACGGAAAUAUUUUCACGAAAUCGGCGCAGAAAUGUUGGGAAAUUUUCUAACGAUAAGAGUAGAAAAAGAGAAGAAGAAGAGCAAGAAGAAAGAAAGUACCUGGGAACCUGAGUGCGACUGCGACAUGGUUGAAAUUAAAAGACCAACCAGAAAAGAGGGUCCAAAAAUUGUCAAUGCCGGAGACAAUAAUCAAAUUUUAUUUCGAAUUCAUUCGAAAAAUCAUGUGAACCUCAAAGAUGAAUCGAAUUACAAGCCCCAAGCUAUUGCCUACAAGGUUGGACCGCCAAGUGACGGACAAUACGGAAGCAGUGAUUGCAAAACAAUAACAGUACAUCCUCAACUAGGCGGCGUUGGAGUUCAGGAAGUGUUCAACGAUCACAUAACAGAAGGAAAUCAAAAUAUAUUUCUUCUGAGAGUGAAGAAAAAGGACGACACUUUUAAUCAAGCGAAAAGAAAUAUCGAAGUUGAACUUCGCACUCCAAAACCACCAACACCCCCUCCUCCUACACCUCCCCCUCCUCCACUUUCGUUACCACCAAAAGAAUCAUUCCCACAAAAAGAAGAAGUGCCACCUGUUGAAGAAAAAUCGAAAAAAAAGAAAAAAACCCCAAAAGGAAAAGUAAAAAAAAAUCUAACACAAACAUAA